AUGGCGGAGCUGGGCGGCGACGAGGACAGCCAUAGCGACGAGACCAUAGUGGAGGGCUCCGUGAUGGAUAGUGAUGUGGAUGAAGAAGAGUUACAGAGGAGGCUGUGGUUGCCUAUUCUUGAUACAGACAUGGCUUUAACAGCUCAAGUAAGAAUUAAUGGAGGAUCUUGCUCUGCAGAAAUGUAUUUUAUAUUUCAUGAACCCCCCUGUAGUCAGAAGGAAGAACAGAUACAUCAAGAGGCUUGCACAUCUGACCAGUCUCAGUCUCUACUGCAGGGUUGGAUAAACUGUCCAUCAGCUACUGAGAAUAUUUCUAAGCCUGAUUUUUCACUAAAUGCUGCAGUUGAGGAACAGCAAAAUAAUUCUGUAGGUAUUGAAUUGAAUGGAGUUCAGAAAGAUUCAGAAGAAAAGCCUGUAGACAAUCAGCAAAGAGAGAAAGAAGUAAUUUCAGAUUACUGUGGUGUCACCUCUGGUGAAGAGCAAACUGGUGAGAGAAGUUCACAUCCAGUGGAGGCUGCAGCAUGUGCAGAAACAGCCCAAACAGCAUCAAGAAAUGCAACACCGUUAAGAGAGACCCCCUUAAAAUGCAGAGAUGUUUCCAGUCAUCACCAGAUCUCAGAAGACACUCAGCAGGGAACAUCUCACAGUGACAAAGCUAAGAAUUUUGAAAAAAUUCAGAAAUCUAAAGACAAGAAUGAUCUAGAGAUCAGCAUAUGCCAAGAAAUGACUCUGAAUGAGGAUGGAAAAGAGACUACAGAGAGAAGAAGAAGCAAGAGAAUAGAAAACAAACAGAACCAAGAAGCCUUUCGCAGGAAUUUUGUAAAUACUGUUUUCCCCAUUUCACUUUCAACAAUCAAUAAGAGGAAUAUGUAUGGUGAGACCAUACUGCAUAGAGCUGUUGCUCAACAAAAUACAGACUUUGUACGCAACAUAAUCAAGUCUGGUGGAAAUGUGAACACUCGGGAUUAUGCCGGCUGGACUGCACUACAUACAGCAAGUGUGGAAGGGUUUUAUGAGAUAGCAAAUGAGCUUUUGAAAGCAGGAGCUGAUGUUAAUGCUAAAGGAAAUGAACAAAUAACACCAUUGCAAGAUGCAGUUAAAGAAGGCCAUUAUGAGGUGGUAGAGUUAUUACUUUGGUAUGGAGCCGAUCCCUUAUUAAAAAAUGAGGUGGGAAGGUGUGCAUUAGAAGAAGCUUCUGACCUGUCUAUGAGGAAGCUGCUUGAAAGCUAUGUAGCAAAACACAGAAGACAUUCGAUAUCAGGUGGAAAUGAUUCAAAGAAUAUGUUAAAUGCUCAGAGUGUCAACGAUACAAACCUGCACCAGAUUGUCUUACAGACAGAUGAGUCAGAACUACCAUGUGCAAAUGUUGUAGAUUCAAGUAGCAUGGACAUACCACACCAGACUGUUGUAAAUGAGGUGCAAAACAUUAAUGCUAAUGUAUCUGAGGGUGGCACCAGUUGCACUAAACAGAUGCUUCAAGCAAAUGCAGAAGCACCAUUAGCACAUGAGGUUGUAGCAACUACAAAUGGGGAAAGUGUUUUUGGAACCCCUUAUAAUUCUACUAGUGGUGUACUAAACACCACUGAAGAAAAGUUCCCACAGCCAGAGGAAGGAGGGAGGAUCCUGCUGAAUGCAGAACAAAGAAUUGAAGAAUGUCACAUGGAAACUGCAUAUAUCACUAGUUUAGAGUCCGAGCCUGUAGUUUUACAACUCCAUGAAAAAGACACAAUUCAAAUUAGCCAAGAGAGAGAGGAUCUUCAGGAGACCAACCUAAAAGAAGAUUUACAUUUUGGCUUUAAUGCAGACAGCAACUCUCCUUUUUCAUUUCAGAUUGUGGAAAAUGUGCAGAAACAAAACUCCCAGAAAACAGACGAAGGAGUAUUUGCUGGAGUAAGUGGAAUGGAAUGCACUGAAAAAAAUGGAGUCAGAAAUGCAGAGACCAAUGUGUUUUCACAGUUUACUGAAACAGAAGUCCAAACUAAGAAAGCAGGGUUAGACCUUCAGAAGACAAGCCAACAGGCAGCCUCAUAUUCCAGUGGCAGCGAAAACAAGCUUUCCUGUGAUCAGACACAAUUCAAUCAACCAUCAGAACAGCAAACAUCCAAGAAAUCAGACUCCUUCCAAUCUACCAGAAAAGAAGCAGUAAUUGUACAUGGCACCUAUAAUACAAGAUAUGGGAAAAAGAUGACAAGGAAGAGAAAUGCAAAUGGGGAAACUCAGCUGCACGUAGCUGCUAGGAGAGGAGAUUUACCUUUGGUGAAAGCCCUAAUAUCUUGUGGAAUUUGUGUCAAUGAUCAGGACUAUGCAGGUUGGACAGCAAUUCAUGAAGCCUGCAGCAGGGGCUUUACUGAAGUGAUCUCAGAAUUACUGAAAGCUGGUGCAGAUGUCAACAGCAGAAGUCUGGAUGGUAUUUUACCCAUCCAUGAUGCUGUUCAUGGCAAUUAUUUGGAGGUAGUCAAGAUUCUGCUACAGCAUGGAGCAAAUCCCUAUGAGAAGGAUGAUUCAGGGAAAAGUGCUUUGGAUCAAGCUUGUAAUGAUCAAAUGAAAGAAUUGCUGAAGUCUUACAGCAGCAUGGACUCUGCAGUUCCUGUUGAGACUACUGAAAUCACAGAGAGGAGAUAUUCACUUAGGUCAAGAACAGUGAAACGCGGUGGUUGCAACUUCUAUAAAAAUGAUGCUUUGGAGUCGCAGCAUGAGAAAUACAGUGUGUCUGUUGCUGCCAUACAAGAUGCAGAAAAGAAGCAAAAGGAACUUUUGCUCUUUGAAUUGAGAACUUCCAAAGAUGCAGAUGUGUAUACCCGAAGGCUGUCUCAAACCCAAGACACUUUGAAUAAAAUGCUUGCAAAACAGAAAACAGAAAGGGAUACCCUUGCUAAAAAAUAUAGAGCUUCAGUGGAAUCUUUCAAAAAAGGAGAACUGAGAAAACAGUUAGUUAACCUUGGUUCUAGGCAAAAGAGUCUGUUGACUGUUGUACAAAAGCAGAAAAUACAAAAUUACAGAAAAACAAAGCAAGUGUUUAGUGCAUCAUGUUCAGAGAAGCAAAUCUCAAUUUCCCAUGGAAAUGAUAAAAGACAAAAUUUAACUGCAGAUGCAAUGAUGAGUCCUGAUGUAGUUACAUUUAAUAUGGGGCUUGGUGCCAGCAUGCAUAAUGGUAACCACCUAGAAGCACAUCACUCUUCAGAAAAUCAGGAAUGCAGCCAGGAUCCACAUGUCUGCUUUGAUGAGACAGCAGCAAAUAAAGAUGCAAUUAGAUGCAAAGAGGCUUCUGAUCAUUCUUUGGCAUCCAAAAACAGAGUAAGAGAAGAUCUGUUCAGCAUGUCAAAGCUGACAAAUGCUGUGAAAGUGGUGACAUUGCCUUCAGAACCUGCUGUUUCCACUACUAAAACAAAGUGCUCACAGCAGAAAGAUAGUGUAGCUUGUGUAACAACCGCAAAACAAGGAGAUAGGUCUUUAAAUCCCACUUCAGUGACCAACACAUUAAAUACUGUGAAAGCCCGAAGCUCUGUUGUCAAUGUCUGUCAGCCAGGCAGUAGCUGUCAACAGGUUCUUGCAGAUGAGGAUCUACACCGACAUGUGAAUAAAGAAGCGGCAGCAAUAAUAAACAGCAACAAGCAGCAACAGCAACAGCAAGGGAUUUUGUUGACACCUACAAAGAAUGUCCCUAAUAUUCUGCAGCAAACUAUCUCUUGGUGUAAUGACAGCUCAUUUAAUGCCAACUCAGUGCUUACAGACCUUACCUCAAAUACAGACUAUCCAGUAAUUGAGAAAUCUUCCCAGAGCUGUAGUAAUCACAGAUAUGUACAAAACCAAGUGAGAUGUGGAAGAAGAAAUAAGAAAAAACUCCAGUUGAUAGAUCUACUUGAAUUGGGAAGAAUUAAGCCAGGAGAAAAUGUUUUAGAAUUCACACUGCAGGAAUUUAGUCAUAAAGCCACACUCUUAAAAAAUGGGAAGAUCAGAACCAGUAGGAGACAAAUACUCCAGAAUCCAGUUCAGUGGGUUAAAGACCUACUAGGAAGUGAUAUUUAUGUGUCAUGGCAGUAUGCAUGGAAUAAGGUUACAUAUCUGGGGACACAGUUGUCAAAGUUUUGUGAUGAAGAGGUGGCAGUUUCCAGUGACUGGGAAUUACCAUCACAAGAGAGAGAAUCUUUGGGAAAGAAUUUUAUAACAAGGCACUCCAGCAACUACAGCCACCACCAUCAGAGUCUUGGUACUGUCUCUAUUACUCAGCGCCCUGGGAGCUUUGUCCUGAGCGAUGUGCAGCCAAAAACCUCAUCCUUGCCACAAAGAGGUGUGAAAACAUUGCUGUGCACUGAUACAGAGGCAGCUGUUACCAGGGAAUUGAAGAGGUCCUCUGUCUUGUUCACUUCAGUGGAAGGUCUGACACAUUUUCUUCAAUUCCAUGAGAUAGUAAUGGUGUGUAAAGAGGAGUUUCUGCCAUGCCCUGUAAUGGAAAAGCACUGGAGUUUCUACCGAGACUGUGAAGAUUUUGGAUUCUAGAGGCUUCUUGAGCGCUAACAUUUUUUUCUUCAUUGUCACUUAAAAGUAACCAUUUGAGCUUAUAGAUCUAAGUGUUUUGCUACUGUCAUUUUGAGAAAUUAUUUACCUAGCACUUGGAAUAGCCUGAAGGACUGAGUAAAUGAGGAGCGAGGGAGUACUCUGUAGCAGGUGAGGGUAGCUGUCAAUAUUGACUUUUGCACCAUAAGAUUAAAAAGUGGGGAAGUAGACAAGAGCUGUUGUACUCUGGUGUUCGUUGUGAAUUAUAUUGCAAGUUGUUAAUGUCAUAUGAAAUUCCACUGACUUCAGUGGCUGCCUGUGCUUGAUGGGGUUGCACAAAAUCAUAGAAGUAUCAACACUCUUAGUCACUUCCUGUUACUUAAACCUGGAGCUGUGCUGCCUGCGCAUAUGCUAUCAGAAAUUGUUGCUCAUGUUUGUGUAGUAACGUAACUUGUUAGGUCAGGUAAAAAAUCCAGAUGGGCAUCUUUCAAAAUCACCAGCAGCUUUACUUUAAGUGGCGUUAAUAUAUACAAACAUUUGAGAAGGGGGUGGAUGCUGGGAGAGGUUAGAAAGAGGAGUCUUAGCCAUUGGAAAUGCUCAGGGAAAUUCCAUUCAUAUUGCAGCCAAGUUUUUCUGGUAGGCAGAAAAUAUACUGGCAUAUGGCAAGAGAUGCAGUUAGCCUGUCUGUGGGGCACAAAUUCUUCCAUCUAACAAUAUUUUAGAUAUUCAUCCUGAUCUCUGGAGGAUUCCUAUUUGUUUUAAGUUUACAAUCUGUGAAUCUGCCUUGGUAGCAUAUUUAUAACACAUUUGACUGUCAUGAGAGUUAUCUGCAUUCAAAUGGCAUUCUGGCUCUUUCGUCUUCUGGGUUAUAAGAAGAGAUGAAACAAUAGCACCUGCUGCUCCUAACUCCAGUGAAUGGGAUGAGAAACACCUCCUGUCAAUACAUAACAACCUCAGCUAGCUAUUUGGAGUGCAAAGAGCUGUUCUGCAAAGAUUUGAUUAGUGACUUAAACAGAAGGUGGUUCAGGGAAGAGAGAGGGGUCUGAUGUGCUAAGAGCUAGGAUGCAUGAGCAAUCAUAGCCUGAUGGGCUGUAAGAAUAAAGAAAUGCAGACUGCCUGAAAGUAAAAAAAGUAAAAGGCUACUAAGUGAUAGGUAUCUUGUAAAGGUCACUUUCCACACAGGAAAGGAAGUGGAGUGGUCUUACAGCUGCAGCAGCCAAACAAACCUGAAGACAUAUUUGUUUAAGGUAAAUGCUCAUUCAAAUACACUUCCACUGAAAGAAUUUUGACUGUUAAAAUGACUACAGAAUUACUUACAUGUUUGCUUGACAGUUUUCCUUUGUUACAAGAUGUCAAAUAAAAUUGUGUGUAAA